AUGGAGAACAGAGGACAUGUAUUGGCUGUGUCAUAUCCUACGCAAGGACACAUCACACCAAUUCGCCAAUUCUGCAAAAGACUUCACUCCAAAGGUCUCAAAACCACUCUCACCCUCACCACUUUCAUCUUUAACUCCAUCAAACCUGACCCAUCUGAUCCAGUCUCCAUAGCCACCAUCUCCGACGGUUACGACCAUGGGGGAUUCUCAUCAGCAGCCUCCGUCCACGACUACCUCCGAAACUUCAGAACCUUCGGCUCUAAAACCGUUUCAGAUGUCAUCUGUAAGCUCCAGGGUAGUGAUAACCCAAUCACUUGUAUCGUUUACGAUGCUUUCAUGCCUUGGGCGCUAGACGUUGCCAGAGACUUUGGUUUGACUGCGGCUCCUUUCUUUACGCAGCCUUGUGCUGUGAACUACGUUUAUUAUCUUUCCUACAUAAACAAUGGAAGCUUGAAGCUUCCAAUUGAGGACUUGCCUUUUCUUGAGCUCCAAGAUUUGCCUUCUUUCCUCUCUGUUUCUGGAUCUUACCCUGCAUACUUUGAGAUGGUCCUUCAACAGUUUACAAAUUUUGAAAAAGCUGAUUUUUUGCUCGUUAAUAGCUUCCAAGAAUUGGAGCUUCAUGAGAAGGAAUUGUGGUCGAAAGCUUGUCCUGUACUGACUGUGGGUCCAACUGUUCCAUCAAUGUACUUAGACCAACGGAUCAAAUCAGACACAGACUACGAUCUGAAUCUCUUUGAUUCAAAAGAUGCUGCCUUUUGCACCAACUGGCUUGACACGAGGCCACAAGGGUCGGUGGUGUAUGUAGCAUUCGGCAGCGUGGCUCACCUAAAUAAUGUGCAGAUGGAGGAGCUUGCUUUAGCGGUAAGAAACUUCAGUUUCCUGUGGGUGGUCAGAUCUUCAGAGGAGGCAAAGCUCCCAUCAGGGUUUCUUGAGACAGUGGAUAAAGACAAAAGCUUGGUCUUGAAAUGGAGUCCUCAGCUUCAAGUUCUGUCAAACAAAGCCAUCGGUUGUUUCUUGACUCACUGUGGCUGGAACUCAACCAUGGAGGCAUUAACCUUAGGAGUUCCCAUGGUGGCAAUGCCUCAAUGGACAGAUCAACCAAUGAACGCAAAGUACAUACAAGAUGUGUGGAAGGCUGGUGUUCGGGUGAAGACAGACAAGGAGAGUGGGAUUUCCAAGAGGACAGAGAUUGAGUUUAGCAUUAAGGAAGUGAUGGAAGGAGAGAAUAGUAUAGAGAUGAAGAAGAACGCUAAGAAAUGGAGAGACUUGGCUGUCAAGUCACUCAGUGAAGGAGGCUCUACAGAUAUCAACAUUGACACGUUUGUAUCAAAAGUGCAGAGGAAUUAAGCUACUCUCAAAUAUAGUACAAAACACAUUUGGUUUGGUCAGCCUUUCUUUAAGUAUGAUAUUUUAAGUUGAUUCUGCUUAUGUUGUGUGUUCAUUGUAUGUUUUCCGAGAAUGUAGGAAUCCAUGCUCAGUGUGCUUAAAUUUCUCAAUAUGUUUAUGAUUCCAAGUUUGUAGGAACGUGUAGUUCCAUAUUCUAUUAUAGAAAG